AUGGCAUCUGUUACGGCCAGCUCCAUCUACAAUGAAGAUCUCAUGCGCCGCGCCCGCGAGCAAGCCCAUGCCAUGAAGGAGUUGUCCGGCUACACCCGCUAUGAUGUCAUGCGCGAACUCGGUGGAAAGAGUGACUUUAGCGAUUGCCUCCGCCGCUGCUACAUGAGCCUCAUGGAUUUUCGUGACCUGGAUCUGGUCUCAGCGAUGCGGGUGUUGCUGCAGCGGAUCGUUCUCACGGGUGAAGCGGCUGAAGUGGAUCGCGUCCUUUACGCUUUUACAGAGCGCUACCAUGAGCAAAAUGAACCCGAUUGCACAGCUGACGCCAUGCAUGUGCUGGCUUCGGCCACCGUUCUCCUCAACAGUGAUCUUCACUCCCGCAAUCGAAAUGGCAAGCCCAUGACCUUUCGUGCCUUCACCCAGAACCUCAGUGGCAUGAUGGAUGGGGCUGACUUUCCCAUGGAUACCCUGCGCAAGGUUUAUGACAGCAUCCGCAACGACGAGCUGAUUCAUCAGACGGACGACGUCCAACAAGCCGGAGGUGAAUACCGUUUGCUUACGCCUGCCCGGCACUGUCACAAUCCCCUCCGGGCUUCGGAGCUGGAUCCCGCUGCACGUAGCAUUACUGCGGCGCCGAAGCGCCCGGACAUGUUCCUUCGCAUUUUCUACUCGGAUGAGCCCAUUGGCCCAGCCAAGCUGACCGAUUUUGUAGUUCGGAAGGACCUCACCACGAUUGGAGGCACGCGCUGCCGCCGAGGCCAACGCGGUUGGCACCAACUGUAUGCCGCUCUUCAUGGCCAUCGUCUCGUCUUUCAUGAACCCAAGUAUCAGCGCGCAUUGGGAACUGAAAUCAACCAAACCCGUCCCUCCGCCCGUACCCACGCCAGCAGCUUACCACUGGACGUGACUCGUGCCUGCGCGGCCCUGGACUACGAGAAGCGGGAUUUUGUCAUGCGCCUGCGAGUGGGCUCUGGCCAAUCGCUGCUCAUGCAGCUACCAUCCGUCGAUGCACUCAAGGCAUGGAUCAAGGCUAUCAAUCGGGUUGCCGCAUUUGAGUCGGCGCCUCCCUUGCCGGCUCCCGUCACCGCAGCUCGACAUGGUUUUCGGACGCCCAUCAUGCCUGAGUCGAAAACAACGGAGACUCCUAUUGAAAUGCGAGCACGCUAUCGUAGCAACAUUGCCCGUACCCGCAAGCAGCUCCAGACGCAUCGCGAGCGCGAGCAAGAGUUUAAAGCGGAGGGUCGCACCACCUUGGAGUAUUGGCGUGACAAGCUCGACUUUUUGGAAUAUGACCUCCAACGGCAAGAGACGUACCUGCGUCUGCUCGAAGACGAGCUGGGCGCAGCAGGCCAGCUGGCCUCAGAGGCUGAAGCUCCGGAUGAGACGGUGACGUUUCAGUUUCGGCACGUGAGCGAGGCGCGGAGCUCUGCCAAGUCGCAGGCCCGAUCAACGCUACGCCUCCACUCCUCCGAUGACAGCGACCGUCUAUCUUGGGUGUAA